UCAAGUCCCAUGCCCAAGUUGCCUUUGCUCCUCCAGGCCCUCCUCUUUCCUGCAGACGCGAAGCAGCGCAGCACAAAAACCGGCGGCGCGAAUGGAGAAGAGCAAUGGAGGCAGCGCCCCGCCGCCGCCGCUGCCGCCGCCGCCGCUCCACAUGGAAGAUUUUCCGCUGGAGGGAAAGAAGCCCGUCAAGAACCCCUUCGUCCCCAUCGGUGCAUUGGUCACCGCUGGCGUUCUGACCGCUGGUCUGAUCAGUUUCCGAUAUGGGAACUCUCAACUGGGCCAGAAACUGAUGAGGGCACGUGUGAUUGCUCAAGGCGCAACAGUUGCUCUGAUGAUGGGCAGUGCUUACUACUAUGGUGACCAAAUCAAGCUGUUCAAGAAAGGGUCUAGCCCAUGAACUUUACUGUUUUUCUAGUAUAUGGAAUGUCACAUGCACUGAAGUUCCAUGUUCAUAACAUUGGGCUUAACCAUGUCGUUUUGGCCUGACACCACAUGUGAUGGCUAACUAGGAAUCAGUAUUGGUUCAUUCAGCUGGCUUGAGAAUAACGCCAUUGUUUGUCAAUCAAGUUAGGUAUCAUUUCUUAUUACAUGUUAAAUGUCUGUUGUGUUGUCUGGUGGCACACGCUGAGAUGAUAAUCUUCUUCUUUCGAACAA